AUGAACCUUUAAGGUGAUGAGAUAUUUAAUAAACAAUUUAAAAUAGAUCCAACUGUAUUAAUAGGACAAGGAUAAUUUGGUAAGAUCUUCGAAUGCACAUCAACUCAAAACAAUACUAUAAAAUAUUGUGCGAAAGUAAAAUUAUUAUUCAAUAACAGAUGAUUAAUAUCAAUAGUUAAAAUGAGAAGUUUUGUUAAAGAGAAAAAGAGAUAUCUGAAUUAAUUAAGAACAAUUAAGGCAAUAUUAAUCUAGUCUCUAUUUUUCAUGUCGAAUAUCACGAAUCACAAAAAUAAUUUCUAAUAUUUAUGGAAAGGUGUGAUUCAAAUUUAAAAGAAUUAUUACAUAAAAAAAAGAAAUUUAAAGACGAAGAAAUUAGCUCAUUUCUAAAGCAAUUUCUAAAUGGUUACAAGUUCCUCUAUAAUAAUAGAAUUGUUCAUAAAGAUAUCAAGCCAGAAAAUAUAUUAUAUAAUGGCAAAGAUAACUUUAUUAUUUAUAAAAUAGGAGAUUUUGGUCUUGCAAAAGUCUACAAAAACAAUUAGUCUACUAAUGAUAUUAGUCGAAAUGGCACUUUAGCCUAUUCGGCUCCAGAAGUCAGUACAAAUAAUUAAGAUGAAGAAAUAUAGAAAAAGUAUUCCGAAAUGAAAAAUAUUCAUGCAAAAAGUAGGAUUGACAUUUACUCAGUAAAUAAUUCAUAAUAAUAGAAAGCUUGGUAUCAUAUUAUAUUAAAUGAUUUUUGGCAACUUUCCUUUUGAUUUAAAUCCUUAAUCAGUUAACUUAUUUGUUAACAACAUAAAGCACCAUCCCUUUUAAAUAAAAGAAAGGAGUUCUAUUCAUGUAGAACUUGUAGAAAAAAUGCUUGUUUAUGAUCCCACAAAAAGACUAGACUUUUUAGAUUUAUUUUAAAGUUUUAACAUAGUUAUUCAGCCUUAAAAUAUUGUUUAUCAACCGAAAUUUCCAGGAAAAAAUACCAAAAAUCCAAUCUAAUUUAACUAAUAAAACCCAAACUAAUUUAACUAGUAAAACUAAUAAAACCAAUAAUUAAACUAAUAAAACUAAAAAUUUAACUAAUAAAACUUAUAAUUUAACCAAUAAAACCAAUAAUUUAACUAAUAAAACUAAUCAAAUUAAUAAAACUAAUCAAAAUAAUAAAACUAAUAAAAGUAGUUUAACCAAUUGAACUAAUAAGACUAAUAAAAAUAAUUUAACUAAUUUAACCAAUAAAACCAAUAAAAAUAAUUUACCUAAUAAAACUAGUUUAACUAAUAAAACUAACUUACCUAAUAAAACUAAUUUACCUAAUAAAACUAAUUUAAAUAAUAAAUCUAGUUUUAUUAAUUAAAUCAAGCCCCAAAUAAUUUACCAAAUAAAAUAGUCUUUCCCAUUGGAUAAGAAAAUCCUUAUUAAAAUAUAAAGGAUUAUCUAAAUUAUUUAAAGUAAACUUAAAUAUUAAUAAUAGGUGUGAUCUUUUUAAUGUCUUAAAUGACCCAGUGAAAUAAUUAAUUGAAAAUAUAAACAAGUCGCCUUAAAUUAAUUAAUCUUAGAUAUAAUAGCUUUAGUAAUACUUCCCUUUUGAGCUUAUAAAAAUAGAAUAAUAUAAGGAGAUAACCCUGAAAUUUUAUUAUUCUCUAAUAAGUAUAUUAAGGAAUCCUUAAAAGUGUUCUCUUGACUUUUCAAAUAUUAAUUUAAUUAAGAAUGAGCUAAGAAGCUUUUAUUAAAAAAAUAAUUGA